GCCAAAGCCAGAAUAACCAGAAAACUCAAAGUUUUCUGCUUUUAAUGGUGGAACCAAACCCUCUCUCUGUAUAGACAUUGAAAACGUCGAAAUCCUGAAUCCAUGUGAGAGGCACCCUUCUUCUUCUUCUUCUUCUUGUUGAUUUUGAGAUGAAUCGUGUACUGCUUCCGAAGCACGUUGCGGCGGUGGUGAAAGCCCAAAAGGACCCUCUGAAAGCGCUGGAAAUGUUCAACUCGGCGAAAAAGGAGUCUGGCUUCAAGCACACGCUGCUAACGUACAAGUGCAUGGUGCAGAAGCUGGGCCAUCACGGCGAGUUCGAGGAGAUGGAGAAGGUGCUUUCGGAAAUGAGAGAGUACGUCAACAACGCGCUUCUGGAAGGCGCGUACAUCGAGGCCAUGAAAAACUAUGGUAGGAAGGGGAAGGUUCAGGAAGCAGUGGACACCUUCGAACGCAUGGACUUCUACAACUGCGACCCCUCCGUUCACUCCUACAACGCCAUCAUGAACAUUUUGGUGGAGUACGGUUACCAUGACCAAGCCCACAAAGUAUACAUGAGGAUGAGAGACAGAGGGGUGGAAUCUGAUGUGUACACCUACACCGUAAGGAUCAAGUCCUUCUGCAGAACUUCCAGGCCUCACGCUGCUCUCAGACUCCUUCGAAACAUGCCUGAACUUGGGUGUGAUUUCAAUGCUGUCGCCUAUUGCACUGUCGUUGCUGGGCUGUAUAAUUCUGGUGACCAUGCUGAUGCGAGUGUUCUGUUUGAUGAAAUGCUUGCGCGGUGUUUGUGCCCCGAUGUUGUCACGUUUAAUAAACUUUUGCAUGUCCUUUGCAAAAAAGGUCUUGUUUCUGAAAGUGAGAAGCUUCUCGGCAAGGCUUUGAAGAGGGGGGUUUGUCCCAAUUUGUUCACAUUUAAUAUUUUUGUUCAAGGGCUUUGUAGGGAAGGGGCUCUUGACCGUGCUGUUAGGUUGUUGGAUAGUGUGUUGAGGGAGGGAUUGAGUCUUGAUGUCGUCACUUAUAAUAUAUUGAUAUGUGGUCUGUGUAGGAAUUCGUGGGUUGUGGAGGCAGAAGAUUACUUGCGGAAAAUGGUGAAUGAUGGAUUUGAGCCUGAUGCUUUUACCUAUAAUAGUAUUAUUGAUGGGUACUGCAAGAAGGGGAUGGUGCAAUGUGCAAAUAGGGUGCUGAAGGAUGCAAUUUUUAGGGGUUUUAAACCUGAUGAGUUUACUUAUUGUUCCCUAAUUAAUGGGUUUUGCCGGGACGGUGACCCUGAUCAAGCCAUGGCUGUCUUUAAGGAUGGACUGGGAAAAGGUUUGAGGCCGAGCGUUGUUGUUUACAAUACCUUGAUUAAAGGGUUGUCUCAGCAGGGUCUUAUUUUACCCGCUUUGCAAUUGAUGAAUGAGAUGUCGGAAAAUGGUUGUCAACCCAAUAUAUGGACUUAUAAUUUAGUUAUAAAUGGCUUGUGCAAGAUGGGUUGUGUGUCUGAUGCUACUCAUCUUGUAGAUGAUGCUAUUGCCAAAGGGUGCCUCCCGGACAUAUUUACCUAUAAUACUUUGAUCGAUGGCUAUUGUAAACAGAUGAAGUUAGACAAUGCAACUGAGGUAGUAAAUAGAAUGUGGAGUCUGGGCAUGACUCCCGAUGUUAUCACAUACAACACUUUGCUGAAUGGGCUUUGCAAGGCUGCAAAAUCUGAAGAAGUAAUGGAGAUUUUCAAGGCUAUGGAGGAGAAGGGAUGUGCUCCAAACAUAGUUACGUAUAACAUUAUUGUAGAGAGCCUUUGUAAAGCUAAGAAAGUAAGUGAAGCUGUAGAUUUGCUUGGGGAAAUGAAAAGCAAGGGUUUGAAACCUGAUGUUGUUAGUUUUGGCACAUUGAUCACUGGGUUCUGUAAGAUUGGGGAUCUGGAUGGUGCUUACCGGUUAUUUAGAAGGAUGGAAAAACAAUAUGAUGUUUGCCAUACAACCGCAACAUAUAACAUCAUAAUCAGUGCAUUUUCUGAACAACUCAACAUGAUUAUGGCCAUGAAGCUCUUCUCUAAGAUGAAGGGCAAUGGCUGUGACCCAGACAACUAUACCUAUCGGGUUGUCAUAGAUGGCUUUUGCAAAAUGGGAAAUAUUUCUCAAGGAUACAAUUUUCUUUUGGAAAAUAUUGAAAAGGGGUUUACACCAUCAUUGACAACAUUUGGACGGGUUUUAAAUUGUCUGUGUGCAAAGGACAAGGUUCCAGAAGCAGUUAGUAUCAUCCACUGUAUGGUACAAAAGGGCAUCAUUCCAAAUACUGUAAAUACAAUUUUUGAAGCUGAUAAAAAGGUGGUAGCGGCGCCUAAGAUUCUUGUAGAAGAUUUGUUGAAAAAGGGUCACAUAACUUAUCACACUUACGAACUACUCCAUGAUGGUAUUAGAGAUAGAAAGAUACCCAAGAAAAGACUCCCAACUGCGAAUUCUCUUCAUCGAGGGGCCAAGUGACCAGCUUUUGAUAGAAGAUAAUAUCUUUUGAAAGUGAUCAUUCAUGACUCUGCCCAUGGAUAAUAUCUUUGGAAGAUAUGAGUCUUCAAGCCAUAUUUUACAUUCAGAAGUGCAUUUGAAGAAUGAGGAGUAAUGAUGCUCAUCCACAUACUCAAGUCCUCGACAACCAAUGGAGAAAGAUAGCUGCUAAUUUUCGCAGCAUUAUCUUUUGAUUUGUAACAUGGAAGUUAAAAUACAAGUCAUUCUUGAAUAUCGAAAGGUUGCCGCUUCAACCAACAGGGAAGUAGAUGCACAUAUUCCUAGUUACCCUAACUUGCUACGGCAACUUAUCUGUUAGCUUGAAAAAGUGAAAGUGCACGUAAGGAUAACAUAAAUAGUUCAGAACUUCAGAUUAAAUGUACAUCUGGAACAUUUUAACGGGCUUGCACUCCGAACCUUUAAAUCAUGCAUCCUGAUGCUGAAGCAGAAGUAUAUGUGAAAGUGA